CAGGUUUUCAUUUGCAGUAGACAUUCCUGCUGUCCCUCAUUUAACUCAAACCAGUAGAAUUUCUGGGUUCAUAACACUACCUGGUCUGAAACAUACAAGGUUCAUGGAGCAUCCCUGAGGUGGUUAAUCAGUCAUACAGAAAUGGAAGAAGGCAACAUCAGGAAGAGGAAAGAGUCGCAGAAUGGAUCCACCGACUACAGCAUGGACUGUCAGAAUAAAGGGAAGCAGCCGAAAGCUACUGUGCUUCAAAAAGAUGUUGGUCUGUUAAGUGGCAUCUGUCUGAUUGUGGGGACGAUGAUUGGCUCGGGCAUCUUUAUUUCUCCUAAGUCGGUUCUGCUGUACUCUGGAGCUGUGGGACCCUGCCUCCUCAUCUGGGCUGCCUGUGGCGUGUUGGCCACUCUGGGAGCACUGUGCUAUGCUGAGCUUGGCACCAUGAUCACCAAGUCGGGAGGAGAGUAUUCAUAUUUGUCAGAGGCUUUUGGCUCCCUCAUAGCCUACCUUUACUCCUGGACCACUGUCAUGGUGCUGAAGCCCUCCUCUUUUGCCAUCAUCACUCUGAGCUUUGCAGAAUAUGCCUCUGCUCCUUUCUACCCCGGCUGCACACCUCCUCUUGUUGUUACCAAGUGUCUUUCAGCAGUAGCUAUAUUUUUGAUCGUCACCGUCAACUGUUUGAGUGUAAAACUGGCAAGUUACGUGCAGAACUUCUUCACUGCAGCCAAACUUUUCAUCAUUCUUGUCAUCGUGGUUGCCGGCAUGGUUAUGUUGGCACAAGGAAACACUGAGACAUUCUCAAAUGCAUUUGAAGGCACAUCAUCGUCUUUUGGAGCAAUCGGGCUUGCAUUCUAUAAUGGGCUUUGGGCGUAUGAUGGAUGGAAUCAACUGAAUUUCAUUACAGAAGAGCUAAAAAACCCAUUUAGGAACUUGCCACUGGCCAUCCUCAUUGGGAUCCCUUUGGUAUCUGUGUGCUACGUGUUGGUCAACAUCGCUUACUUUUCUGUUAUGACCAGCACUGAACUGCUGUUGUCUCCAGCUGUUGCUGUGACUUUUGGAGACAGAGUCCUUUACCCUUUGUCUUGGAUCAUUCCACUCUUUGUUGUCUUCUCUACAUUUGGAUCUGCCAAUGGAAGCUGCUUCACUGCUGGCAGGCUGGCCUAUGUAUCUGGUAGAGAGGGUCACAUGGUGAAAAUUUUAUCUUAUAUUAGCCUGAAGCGCUACACUCCAGCCCCUGCUCUCAUAUUAAAUGGUAUGUUGGCUAUUUUCUACAUAAUCCCAGCAGACAUUAAUACCCUCAUUAACUACUUCAGCUUCGCUCAGUGGGUGUUUUACGGUCUCACAGCACUAGCGCUCAUAGUCAUGCGUUUCACCAGGAAGGAGCUUCAUAGACCAGUAAAGGUGCCGAUUGUCAUAGCAGGCCUAAUGGUCGUGGUGUCCUGCUACUUAGUCCUGGCUCCCAUCAUUGAUAAGCCAGAGCUGGAGUACCUCUACUGUACUAUCUUCAUCUUCAGUGGACUUCUUCUUUACUACCCUUUUGUCCACCUGAAGGUCAACUGGGCACGCAAACUCAUGAGGCCCAUUACCAUGCAUCUCCAGCUGCUGAUGGAAGUAGUUCCUCCCGAGAAAAUUGAAUGAGAAGGGACAGAGCCUACAACCAAGGUCAACUUCUGCUGCUUGUCUUGAAACAUGUCGAGACUCGUUUUGGAAAAUGAAUGCUUCGAAUCUGAUUCCCAAAGUGGAUCAUAGCCAAAAAUCAGAGCUCACCUCUGCUGAAUAGCUGCAUGAAAAAAAAGUAUAAGGGGAUGCAGUACAUUGCAAAGUCUCUUUCCACAUAAAAAAAUAAAUCAUUGACAAAAAUAACUUUUUUUAUGAAUUUAACCAGCACCAUCGUUAAGCAACCAUGGUAAACAUUUCUUCUUGUAGUUAAUGUGCAAUACAGUUUUACUGGACCAAAGAUCACUUGAUGUAGAACUGCACUUCAGCAACAAAGUAAACAUUUUCAAUGCAUUGCAGAGACAACGUGAAGGCUCAGUAAAUUAUGCAACAAGAUGUGGAAACGUGUAUUUAUGGUUCUGUGGUUGUAAACUGACACAACAGAGUUUCUUUAAAGAUGUCUUCACAGUAUUUAAUAAGGGUCUCAUUUAUAUCUUUACCACUGGAACAUAGUGGAACAGUGCUGCAUUGAGUUAGCUGAUGGUUAUUAAAUGUAUCAAUCUUUUUGA